ACGGCCAAUCAGCGCUCAUUACCUGUGCCGGCUGACGUAAAGUUGCACGUCCGCGGUUGUUGAGGCUCCGCCGGCAGUCGUUCCUGGGCUUUCACUCCCUCUUCUCCACCAGGACGAUCUUCAGUUUCCAACCCCUCCUCGUCGUACCAACCUGGGCUGACAUGGCGACGGAGGUAACGAAAGGUGUGGAGCAAGUUUCUGUGGGUGAGCUGUAUGUGUCGGACAAAUGUGGCAGCGACCAGGACGGGGACGGCACGGAGCAGAAACCCUUCAAAACUCCUCUCAAGGCCCUGAUGUUUGCUGGAAAGGAGCCGUUCCCGACUGUCUACGUAGACUCGCAAAAGGAGGAAGAGCGCUGGGCGGUGAUCUCUAAGACGCAGAUGAAAAAUGCCAAGAAGGCCUUUAACCGUGAGCAGAUGAAGAGCGAUUCCAAAGAGAAGAAGGAGGCAGAAGACACCGAGAGGAGGGAGAAGAACCUGGAAGACGCCAAGAAGAUCAUGAUUGAGAAGGACUCCAGCCUCCCCGAGCCUGAGGCGGUUAAAAUUCAGCAUCUGGAGCCAAAGAGAGGUCAAAGGGUCAAAGUGUUUGGAUGGGUCCAUCGCCUGAGGCGACAAGGAAGGAACCUGAUGUUCGUCGUGCUGAGAGACGGAACCGGUUUCCUCCAGUGUGUCCUGUCCGACAAACUGUGCCAGUGCUACAACGGCUUGAUGUUGUCCACGGAGAGCACGGUGGCCCUGUACGGGACUGUCACUCCAGUUCCUGAGGGGAAACAGGCGCCCGGCGGCCACGAGCUGCACUGCGACUUCUGGGAGUUGGUCGGCCUGGCUCCGGCGGGCGGCAUCGACAACAUCCUGAACGAGGAGUCAGACGUCGACGUCCAGCUGAACAACCGACACAUGAUGAUCAGAGGGGAGAACGUCUCCAAGAUCCUGCGCGUGCGGUCCGCCGUCAUGCAGUGCUUCCGCGAGCACUUCUUCAGCAGCGGAUACUACGAGAUCACCCCUCCGACCAUGGUUCAGACUCAGGUGGAGGGCGGCUCCACGCUCUUCAACUUCAACUACUUUGGCGAGGAGGCAUACCUGACGCAGUCGUCCCAGCUCUACCUGGAGACCUGCAUACCGGCGCUGGGCGACACCUUCUGCAUCGCCCAGUCGUACCGGGCCGAGCAGUCCCGCACCCGCAGACACCUGUCCGAGUACACCCACAUCGAGGCCGAGUGUCCCUUCAUCACGUUCGAGGACCUGCUGAGCCGCCUGGAGGACCUGGUGUGUGACGUGGUGGAGCGGGUGCUCAAGUCGCCCGCCGCUCAGCUGCUCUACGACAUCAAUCCGAACUUCAAACCGCCCAAGAGGCCAUUCAGGAGGAUGAACUACACCGAGGCCAUCGAGUGGCUCAGAGAGCACGACGUCAAGAAGGACGACGGCUCCUACUACGAGUUUGGAGAGGACAUCCCCGAGGCUCCAGAGAGGCUGAUGACCGAUGCCAUCAACGAGACCAUCUUGCUCUGUCGUUUCCCAGCUGAGAUCAAAUCCUUCUACAUGCAGCGCUGCCCUGAGGACCAGCGGCUCACCGAGUCGGUCGACGUGUUGAUGCCGAACGUGGGCGAGAUUGUCGGCGGCUCGAUGCGUAUCUGGGACUCAGAGGAGCUGCUGGAGGGAUACAAGAGGGAGGGAAUCGACCCCACCCCCUACUACUGGUACACCGACCAGAGGAAGUACGGCACGUGUCCUCACGGCGGCUACGGUCUGGGUCUGGAGCGUUUCCUCACCUGGCUGCUGAACAGACAUCACAUCAGAGACGUCUGCCUGUACCCGCGAUUCAUCCAGCGCUGCCGACCAUGAACACACACUCUCACACUCUCACACAUACACACACACACACUUUCUCUCUCUGUCAUUGUAUCUGGACCUGAACACCAUCCACCUCGUGUUUUGCAGCUUCAUCCUCGUUCUGACUCGAAACGUGAAUUUGAUUAUGUUCCACCUCCGAUGCUGCUUGACGGCUGAUAAUCAUCAUUAUUAUUAUUAUUAACCAGUAAUAAACGCUGUCGUCUCCUGCGAUCAUACGUAGAAAAUGUGUCACACGUGGUCGUCAAAGCUGCUGAUUCCAAUUUACUGUUUGUUUUAUUAAAAUGUGUCCAGAGGGAUUUGUAGAUGUGAACUUACUGAUGAUGAAAAUAUAAAACAGCUACAGUAUCAUGAAUUUUUUAAGUUAAUAUUUGCAAAUUCCUUUGGAAAUUUGUCGUAAAAACCACAAGUUGAAUUUUAAAUGCUUCCCUAUUGUUAUUCUCUAUAAAAAAAUAUGAAUGUCUUGAUUGAACUUCUGCAGCUUCGGCUUUCGCAGCGAGCGUCUUGACCUUCGGCAGUCGUGUCCUGUAGUCGGCCGGAAAUAAAUCUAUAGAAAAAUCCCACAAACGAAAUGUUAUGGAACAAAACAAAUGGUGUAUCUGAACGAACGUGGAUGCGGUGACGUUUCCUACUGAAGAUGAAAUAUGAUUCACACUCCGCUCCUCUUGUCGUAUGGUUCAAACUCUCCCAGUGGUUGGGUGCAUUUUUCUUUCUGUCAAUCACAAAGUCGAAGAAGCUUUCGUGCAUGUUUCAUAUUUGAGUGAAGGUUUUAUUACCACAGCUCCAUCUGGAAAUGAAAAACAAGUCAUGAAGUUAUUGAUGUGACGUCGGCCUCGAAGUCUCGACUGUGAAAAAGAAUCCUCAGCUCAAUAAAAACUGCACUAAAAUCAAAUGGAAAACAAA